GCGCCUCGUUGCCUGGCGCCAAGAAGAAAGGAGGGAGAAAGAGGGAGAGAGAGAAGGAGAAAAGAAGAAAGAGAGAGAGAGACGGGGUGAGAGAAAUAAGGGGCGGGAAAAGGAGGAGGAGAAGGGAGGGAGAGAGAAAGAAAGAGAGAGGAGAAGAAGAAAGGGAGAGAGGAGUGAGAAGAGAGAACGGGAGAGAAGAGAUAGAAAGAGAGGGUAUAGAGAGCGGAGAGAGAGAGAAGAGAAAGAGAGGGAAGAGAGAACGGGAGCUGGAGCUGUUGUGUGGAUGGACUCCGGGUCAGGUCCAUCGCCGGUGAAGCGCUGCCUCUAUGUCGGUCAACGAGCUGUUCGGCGCAGUCCAGGCCUCUCUGGCCGCCGACCAGGACGUCAGGGAGGAUAUACGAAAAGUGGUUCAAGUCCUUGAACAAACAGCUCGUGAGAUUCUAACCCUGCUGCAGACUGUCCACCAAAUAUCCGGCUUUAAAGAAAUACCGAACAAGUGCCAAAAAGCACGGGAACAUUUUGAUACAGUGAAGACGCACCUGGCAGAACUGAAGACCAAGUUCCCCGCAGAUCAGUACUACAGGUUCAAUGAGCACUGGCGGUUCGUACUGCAGCGCCUGAUCUUCCUGGCUGCGUUCGUGGUCUAUCUGGAGUCGGAAACCCUGGUGACACGGGAAGAUGUAGCCGCAAUACUGGGAAUUCAAGUGAAGAGACACAAAGGGUUCCAUCUCGAUAUCGAGGAUUACCUUUCAGGACUGCUGAUUCUCGCCAAUGAACUGUCGCGGCUGGCUCUGAACAGCGUCACCGCGGGCGACUACACGCGGCCUCUGCGCAUCUCCUCCUUCAUCAACGAGUUGGACUCGGGCUUCCGGCUGCUCAACCUGAAGAACGACUCGCUGCGCAAGCGCUACGACGGCCUGAAGUACGACGUGAAGAAGAUAGAGGAGGUGGUUUACGACCUGUCCAUCCGCGGGCUGGGUAAAGGGGACGCGCCCAGCGAAGGCAAGACGCUGGACAAGUAGCUCCUCGUCGUGCUCCUCCUCCUCCUCGGUGGAGGCCAUGGGUGUGUGGCGUGGAGGAGGGGAGCGAAUCGGUUGCUGGAUGGCACAACACGCUGGAGUAACUCAGCAGGUCAGGCAGCAUCUCUGGAGAACAUGGACAGGUGACGUUUCUGGCCUGGACCUGUCUUCAGACUGAUUGUGGAGAGGGGAAAGGAAGGUCAUACAUAAGUGAAAGCAGAAUUAGGCCAUUCGGCCCAUCAAGUCUACUCCGCCAUUCAAUCGUGGCUGAUCUAUCUUACCCUCCCCCAUUCUCCUGCAUUUUCCCCCAUAGCCCCUGAGAGCUGGAAGAGAGGAGGGUUCAGUUUCCAGCUUUAUCCCCCCCCCCCCGAUAUAAUCACGCUUUGUCCUGCCUCUCCUCUCUUUCCUCAGUCGCUCGCUUCCCUUUCCCCGAUACUUAGUCUGAGGAAGGGUCUCGACCCGAUACGUCACCCAUUCCAUUCCUUCUCUCCAGAGAUGCUGCCUGUCCGGCUGAGUUACUCCAGCACUUUGUGUCUAUCUUCGGUGUAAACCAGCAUCUGCAGUUCCUUCCUGCACCUAAUACCCUCGAGUCCAUUCUGGUAAACCUCCUCUGCACCGUCUCCAAAGCCUCCACAUGCUUCCUGUAAUGGGGGAGUGUUCUAAAACUAGAGGGCGCAGGGUUAAGGUCUCGUCUCCUCAGUUCUCCCGCCUAUCGGCUCUUGCUCCUCACAGGGGAAGGGAGAGGGAAGGGGAGGAGAGGAGAGGGAAGGAGAGGAGAGGGAAGGAGAGGAGAGGGAGGAGAGGAGAGGGGAAGAGAGGGAAGGGGAGGAGAGGGGAGGAGAGGGAAGGGGAAGAGAGGAGAGGAGAGGGGAGAAGAGAGGAGAGGAGAGGGGAUACACUUGUGUAUCUCCUCUCUUCUAGCUUUCUUCCCCCCCCGCUCCCCUACAAUCAGUCCAAAGUAGGGUGGCAAUGCGAAUCGUCACCCAUCCAUGUUUUCUCCAGCGAUGCUGCCCGACCCGUCGAGUAUCCACAGUUCCGUGUUUCUACGAGUUAUUGGUUGUUGUGGUUGCGAUGGAAAUGGAGAGCAUGUUAUUUAUAUUCCUGCUCUGGCACGGGUGAAAUAAUGUUUGGACCAAGUGUUUAAAGAGCGACGAUGACCUCCAGUGAGAUCAGUAUUAUGCAGGUUUGCGCAGGUUUAUCUCUUUCCAAACCACCCUUGGCUUGUUUUUUUGUCGGUGUUGAGCUUCUGUGCCGAUGUACCACUCAUCCCCGCACUCCACUCUGUGCUCAACCUGUCAUUUAAUUUCCACUUUAUCUCUUGACGAGCUGCAAAGAAAAUAAAAAAUAGAUAUUA